AUGGCUACCCUCACAACAACGAGCAUAAUUCCAAUGCUCUCACUGGCAACAACAUCUCUGGGUAAAAGUAACUCAACCCAAUCCUUGGCAAUCAUCCUUGACUAUCCUCGACCAUCCUCAAUCAUGGCUCAGUCAAUCAGCAUGAGAUCAAUGACGCUAUCUGAGAAGGAGAGAAACGAGUAUUACUAUGGGCUCCCUAGCCAGCCUAAGCUCGUGGCUCGAAGCAACUUCCGUGAUACCUUGUGGGAGCCAAUCAUCAAGGAUCAGCAUCUGCUACCCAAGCGCAUCGCCAACAUCGGUUCUGACCAUUCCCUCGUCGGAAACUACACUACGGAGCUGCAGAAUCGCAUCGUGGGCAUUCUCGCCGGGACCAAGUGGACAUCAAUUGACGUCCUCCGCAUUGGCUACGAUGACCAGCAUCAGAAGCCCGUAGUGCUCUGGGUUGCAGUCGAGCCGCGUAGUCUCGACCCUGACCUCGGGCUGCAGCUUGCUGAGCAGUGCCGCGCCGCGCUUUCUGAUGCCAGCAUCCACGAUGUCCAUUGCGAGAUUCGUGAGGCCACUGUGACGACCUUGGCUUCGCACGCGAAUGCUCAGCCUUUCCUACCCCUAAACCAGGGCGCACUCGGUAGUACCCGCUAUCACAGUCUCACCUCCACCCUCGGACAGUCCGUUGCUGCCGCAGACUCGGACAAGAAGGAGGGAUCCCUUGGUCUCUACCUAUCUGUAUGCGACCCCAAGCGCAAGGGCUUCCCUAUCAAGUGCGCUCUGAUCUCCCAUCACGUCGCUUAUGAGAAGGACAAUGAUCUCUGCAAGGAUGACGUUCCCAACUCCAAGCCCAAGGUCCAGAUUCUGAUGCCGGGAAGUAAGAAGUUGGAGGACUAUACCCAUGAAGUCACUCAGACCGUCGAUUUCUGGGCAAAGAAUCCGUCGCUAGAUACCACUGGCGCCUUGAAGAAUGCUCAGCAUCUCCGAGAGUAUCUCGCCACACUCUCUGCCACGUCUGCCCGCUGCAUUGGCCAUGUCAUCUACUCUCCUGCCCGCAUGCCCAAGAAGAUGUCCGACACGGCCACCAACAACGACGGCGAAUGGUUGCCCGACUAUGCUUUGGUCCAGUUAAACGAGCCACGAUUUGGCGACAGCUUUGUUCGCCUUGCUAACCAAGUCUUCCUGGGCACGUUGGGCCAAGAGCGUCUCCAAGAGCUCAAUCACGGCUUCUUGGGCCAUCACGCCUUCGUGCCACCGGCCGAUGGUGUCUUGCGUCUCAAAGGGACCAUUCCGCGCGGAGAAAUCGCCAGUCCGCAGGAGGAAAACAUCAUCACGGCUGAACAUUCACUCAGACUGGUAAGAAGCGUGACCCGUGUCAAUGUCAACCGUGUGUGUUCUCAGUGGUGCAUCAUCUCUGGAAACGACCGAGUCUUUUCGCAGCCUGGCGACUCUGGUUCGUGCAUCUGGGAUCUCAAGGGCAGAGUUGGUGGAAUGCUAGAUGGUGGUAGCGGCGGCCAGAAUGGUUCCCACGACAUUACGUAUGCUACGCACAUCGACCAGAUCAUCGGAGACAUCCAGAAGCACUUCACCUCGGUCAUUAUUCUUGGGUAUCUCGACGGUUUAUGCUGGAUGACUAAUCGUGGUGGAUAA